AUGGGCCACGUGAGUGCUUCCACCCGUUUGGCGUUUCCAUUCUGCGCUGUGCUUAAUUGCGGCCAACGUAGUAAGGCUUUUGCCGUGGCCACUGAUUGCACAAACCCGCAUGAACUGGAUGGCGCACGCCUGCCCUCCACAUGCGGUCAACCCAGACCGCAUGCGCCCGGGAGAAGCCCACGUGGGCUGCACUCACGCCUGUGGGCGCAGCUAGAAGUACAACCCGCGCACAACAGUGCAAAGCGGUCGGUGAGUCGCACGACGGCGAUUAAAGUACGUGAGUCGAAGCGGAAGGGGACGAUUCACAACGCUUCACGAAUAAUCGCCAUGCUGUUAAGCGACUUUAUCACCAAUUUUUGUCGAGUGGCUGGACAGCUCCUCAAGUAA